AUGGAUUUUUCUGAGUCAACAGAGGAAGAAGUAGUAAAAGAAAUAAAUCCAGUUCCAGCACAUAGAUUAAUAUCUACAAAUACAAAAGAAAUUCCUGGAAUACUUACAAUGGUUGUAGAAGAUAAUUAUAAGAAACCAUUAAAAAAAGAAAUUAGUGAUGACAUUUUUGAAAUAAAAGAUGACGUCGAAAUAAGAUGUCCAAAACAAAUAGAAAAAGAACUUUAUCUUAUGGAAAAAGCUGGAACAGGAAAAGAAGAAAGUGAAUUUGAGCAACAUGACAUCAUUAGAUUAAAAAAACUUGUAGAAGAGUUUUCUAAUAAAAUGCCACUUAAUGAAAUACCACUUACAGAUGAAGUAAUAAAUGACUUGUAUGGACCUGUUAAUCCAAUACUUGAAAAUGGUGAAGAAAUAGAAGAGGAAGAAGAAGAAAUAAAAACAAGAGAUGUUAUUGAAAAUAUUAAUACAGGUGUUUUGUCAUUAGACGAUAUUCCUGGAGAAUUGGAUGAUGUCUUUAAUGAAUUUGAUAUUCCAAAAGAAAGAAAAAAAGAAAUUAAAGACUUUUUUGAUGAUUUAAUAGAAAACAUUAUAUUAACUAUUAGUGAUAAAGGAGGUGGUGUUCGUUCAAAUACCAGAUUAGCUAAACUUUUAUCUUCAAAACUUGGAUUUCCUUAUGAACUAUUACUUCAAAUAAAUAAAGAAGUUACUGGUUUAAUGAAGAGUAAUUUAGGUGUUCGUCUUCCACAUAACUCUUUUUCUCUUAAUGUUAUUCGUGAUGAAAAACGAAGAAAUAAAUUAUACGAAAUGUUCUUAGGGGAUAAUAUUUCUAAUAGCGUUGAGGUUGAACAAAAACCAGAAUUGGAUCAACCAUCUUUUACUUAUCCAUCAGAGGAGUUUGAAGAAAAUUUACUGGAAAGACACAGUAGUAAUUUAGUUAAAAGAAAAAAAAGUGAAGAAAAUAAAAAUGUUGAGGUAAAAAAAAAACUUAGUCCUGGCUCUUCUUCAAUUAUCUUUCCUAAAAACAAAACGCCAUUUCUAUCCACUCAGCCUAUUAAACCUCUAGCCAACUCUGAUAUAAUUCCACAACUAGGAAAAUACCAACUUGACUCACAUCAACUCGAUAGUCCAUUCACACAAAAAAUGUUAGAAAGCGCUGUUACUCCUCUACGAAUGGAGACUGUUAGUAAAAGUGUUGUAAAAAAGCAAACACAUAAAGCAAGGAUGGUAGAUAACAAUAAAAAGACUGGCUCAUUAAAAAAAGAAAAGCCAAUAACACAAGAAGAUGAAACAAUAACACAAGAAGAUGAAACAAUAACACAAGAAGAUGAAAUAACAAGAUAUGAAGAUGAAACAACAAGAUAUGAAGAUGAACAACAAAAAGAGCAUACAAACACACAAAUAAAUGAUGGAAAUGAGAUUAUAAACAAAACAAUAAAAAAACUUGAAAGAAGUAAAAAAGAACAACAUGAAGAUACUUCGUUUAAUGAAGAGAAACAAACAAAUGAACCAGACAAUAGUAUUGAUCAACAAACAGAUAUUCCAUUUAUUGAAGAAAGAAAAAGUCCACCAAUUGACUUAACUAUUGAUAAAAAGUUAUUUAGAGAUAUUACACAAGAAUUUUUUGGAUGGAACCAAAAUAAGGUUAUUGAUGAUAUUGUUGUUAAUCAACUAAACCCAAAUAAUAUUAAAAAUGGAAUAAGAAAAACUAGUCAUUCAGUUCACAGCAAAUUAAUUGAAGACUCAUUAAAUAUUAAACCUCAAGACCACUCUAAACCACCCGAAACUGAAUCUCAAGGAUUUCUUUCUCCUAAUGGAGAAAAUGUAAAUAAUUCUCCUAACCAAUCUCUAAUAAACAACUCAGAAAACAAAACUCAGAAAACAACUCAAAUCAGUGAAAUUAAAAAGAAAAUAAAUCAUAGUGUUAAAAAGAAAGUUUCUGAGUUAAAAAAAGAAAAUAAAGACUCCCAAACGAUACAGGAAAAAACAACAAAAGAAGGUAUUGAAAAAACAGUUCAUUUAAAAGAAGUAAAUCAACAAAAAGAAAUUGACCAACCAAUAUCUGAAAAUAAGACUAUACCAAUAAAACCAUUAGAAACAAAAGAGGUAAUUGAUGCGGAGUGUAUUGAUUUGACGUCAACUAAAAAAGCUAACAACAAAAAACACAAAAAAACAGUAAAAAAAAAGAGUAUCAAAACAUCAAUAGUUGGACUUAGUGCCUUACAAGAAGAUGAUAAAAAAAAACUAAUAGAAAGAUUAUCACAAAUAAAAAUAAUUGUGCCAGAGCAAUUACGUAAAGUUACUGAAGAAAAUAAAAUAUUAGAUGAUGCUAGAAAAACAGAACAAGAAGAAGAACAAAAGAAAUGGAAUAUGUUAAAAAUACAAUUCUGGGACUCAAUUGUUUCUAGAAAUGGAGAAGAAGAAAAAAGAAAAAACAACACUGUCAUAAGAACAAGAAAAGAUAGCAACACAGAAAUAAGAAGUGGAGGGGAUGAAAAAAUGUUUAGAUACAAAGACGUUGAAUCAAAAGUUGGUGAAAAUGAUACGAAGAAAACUUGGGAUAGCUCAAUAAAAACAGGAGAAAAUAACAGACCACAACAGUGGGAAAUAAAACAACUCAAAAGUUCAGAAGAAAAGGAGAUGUUACCACAAGAAGAGUAUAACCCAACAUCGGAUAAUAUACCAAAAAUACCUGAAGACGAUCAAACAAUAACCGAAGAAGAUGAAUCAACAACGUUGGAAGAUGAUUAUUUGAAAAAACAAAUAAAAGAAGAGUUAAGAAUAUGGGAACCAAAGAAGUUGAUACAAGAACAAGAAGAAAAAAGAAACAAUGAGGUAGAUAAAGCAGAAUUACUUAAAAAAGAUCAAAUUCAUAUUAACGAAGAACAAGCAAUAAUAAAAAAUCUAACACAACCACAAGGUAAUAUUCAGACUUCUCUAUUAACAAAACCAAUUCAAGAAGAAGAAAUGAUUAUUGAACACGUUGGGGUAUCUAUUCCUAUUCAAACAAUAAAUGAACAAAUAAAUGUGGAUAAAAAAAUCAAAAAAGUUGAAGAAAAGAUGCAUUUAGAAAAUAAUAGAAAAGAAAACUCUGAGGAAAUACAAAAAAAGGAAUUAAACGAAUCAACUAAGUUAAAAGAACAAAAUGAGUUACUACCAAAUGAAAUAAAACCAACCAAAGAAAAUGAUGUAUUUUUAAAUAAAUUAAAGAAGUUACUAGAAGAAAAAGAUAUAACACUUCAAUUAAAAAAACCUGAAAACCAAAUACACCUAAAUAAACCAAAACAAGUGGAAGAAGAAAAAGACAUAAUACCAAAUGAACCAAGAAAAAUGGAAGAAGAAAAAGACAAAAAACAAACAUCAAAAGUACGAGAAGAAAAAGAAAUGACAUUAAAUGAACUAAAACAAACUGUAGAAGAAAAAGAUGUAACGCAAAAAACAAAAAAAACAGUUGAAAAUAAUAUAAAACCAAAACAAGCAAUAGAAAAAGAAAUAACACCAAAUGAGUCAAGAAAAAUAGUAGAAGAAGCAAAUAAUGUAAUAACAAAAAAACAAAAAGAAGUAGAAGAAGGAAAAGAAUCAAUCCCAAAGUCAAAAGAAGUAAUUGAAGAAAAAGGAACAAAACAAAAUGAGUCAAGAAAAAUGGAAGAAGAAGAAAAUAAUGUAGUACUAAAUGAACCAAAACAUGUAGAAGAAGAAACAGAAGGUAAGGUAGUUGUAAAUGAAUUUAAAAAAUUAAUAGAAGAAAAAGACAUAAUGUCACAACCAAAAAAACCAGCAGAAGAAGUACUUCAAAAUGAAUCAAAAAAACCAGAAGAAGAAAUACUUCAAAAUGAAUCAAGAAAAAUGGAAGAAGAAAAUAACAUAAUAAUAAAUGACCAACAAAUAACAGAAGAAAUAAAAGAAAUAAACACAAGCCAACUAAGAAAAAUGGAAGAAGAACCAAAAGAAGUAGUAGUAGAAGAAAAAGAUAGAAAACCAGAAUCAAAACAAAUUGUAGAGGAAGAAAAAGCAAUAACAUCAAAUGAACCAAGAAAAAUGGAAGAAGAGGAAUUAAAAGAAAAAGUUAAAAUUAAUACAACAUUAAAAAAAGAGUAUAAAAAUCAACAAAACAUAUUAAAAAAACAAGAAGAAAAUGUAGUUUCAGAAGGUAAAGAGAUAGAACACCAAAUAGUACAUAAUGUUCAAGAAAAAGAAUUAGAUAAAGAGGUAACAUUACCUAAAUUAAUAGAAGUUAAUAAAAAAAUUCAAUCUCAAGUCUCUCAAUCACAAAAAGAAAAAAAGUUAAAAGCUCCACGAAGUUCAGAUGAAAUAAAAAGAAAAACAAAAAUACCUAAAUUAUCGGAAAAAACAAUUAAACUUCCUGCUAAUGAAAUUCAAAAUAAUACCGAUGAACAAAAAAUAAAUCAAAAUGGGAUUAAAGGUAUCUCAGAAUUAAUUUCAGAACCUUCUACUACUGACAUUACUAAGAAAGGUACAGAUAUAGAAAAAGAGGAAAUUGAUAAGAAACAACCAAAACUUAUUUUAUCAGAACCACUGAAUAAAAUAAAAAAAGAUUCAAAAACAAGAAAAGAAAGUACAACCAAUGAAAAUAUUUCACUUGAAAAAGAUACUAAACAAUCAGAAAUUCAAAUAAAAAAGAAAAAAAUAACAAAGUCAUCAACUAAAAGUAUUGAAAAUAGUCAUAAUAUUUUAAAAAAUUAUCAGGCUCAACAUCAAAGAAAAAUUACAAUCAAUCCUAAUCAACAACCAAGUCUUAAUAUUUCAAUUAUCAAUGAACAAGCAUUACACAAACCAAUAGAAAUAAGAAAACUAUCAACUGGAAGAGUUGAAAGUGGUAUUUAUAAUAUACCAAAUUUAAACUUAGAAAUAACUGGAAUAAGUAAUUUGUCUGAAGGAACUACAAAGGAUGUUGUACAACCGAUAAAUCCAAGUCAACUCCAAUUGCUUAAAAUUAAUGAAAGUAGUCAAGAAAAUAUAUCUUCAUUAAGAAGUAGUGAUAAUAUUCAAGAUAUACAAAAACUUCAUUUAGAUACUCAAAGUACCAAAAAUAAAUAUGUAACACCAAAAAUCACUAAAAUUAUUACUCAACAACCUUCACUUGAAAAACAAAGUUUAAUAAAAGCUCAUGAAAAAUAUACUCAUUUUCAUCCAGUCACUUAUGAACAACCAAAACUUAAUAUAAUAAAAAGAAGAAAAUUAUCUAUCGGAAGAGUUGAAAGUGAGGUUAAUGUCAUUGACCAAAAACAACUCAUCAAUCUCACUGAAUGGCACGACAUUCAUAAAAAGAGAGAAAGUGAUACUAAACCACCUAAAAUCUCGAGAACAAACCAACAAAAUGAAAUAGAAAAAGAAAAAAAAGUAAAAAAAGAAGAAAAAGACGUAAAACAACUGGAAGUUCAAAAGAAAAGAAAAAGAAUUGGAAAACUAUCUACUGGACGUGUUGAGAGUGAUGUUUAUAGUAUAGGUCAUCAAAGCAUUGAAAAAGAACAAAAUAUAGUUACCAAACAACAACCAACUGUUAAAGUCUCAUUAGCCAGUGAACAAAGCAUCACAAAGCCUAUAAAAAUAAGAAGGUUGUCAACUGGAAGAGUUGAAAGUAAUAUUAAUAGUAUUUUUCCUAGAAUUACAAAAGUAACAAGACUAUCAACUGGAAGGGUUGAAACUAGUGUUCAUAAACUACCACCUCAACCAACCAUACAUACAACUCAUCAACUAGAAACAAAAAUUAAUAAACUAUCUGAAAUUAAAUCAGAAACACAAAGAAAAAGCAUAAAGGAAAUAUCCCAAGUUCACCAAAAUAGUGUUUUAAAUCAAGUACAUGUACCUAUAAAUAUUUCUGUUGUUAAUGAAUUACAAAUACACACACCCAUAAGAAUAAGGAAAUUAUCUUCAGGACGUGUCGAAAGUAAUAUUCACAAUAUACAAUAUCAAUCCACUCAACCAGAACCAAAAAUAUCACUCAACCAGAACCAACAACCAACUCUGAGGUUUUCAGUUAUUAAUGAACAACAAACCCAUAAAUCAAUCAAAGGAAGAUUAUCUAUUGGGCGAGUUAAAAGUGAUGUUCAUGAAGUUAAACCUAAACUUCCAAAUUCUUUACAACAAAGACGUCUUCACGAAAAAAGAAUCUCAAUUACUACAAAUAUAAAUGAUGAUGUAAAGUUGCAAAAUGACCAUUUGGUUUAUAAAAGCAUUGCAAAACCAUUGAAAGAUCAAAGUACAUCAAAACAAACAGUUGAAUCUUUUAAAGAAGACAAAAAGAAAAAAUCAUCUGAACCACUAAUACAUAGAAAAUCUUUAAGACACUCCAGACUUUAUGAAUUUAAGAAAUAG